GUGUGUGCGAGCGUGUGUGGCUGGGGGAAGCCAUUGCCUGUUUAAUAGUUGCUGUUGCUGCACUUCCGCUUCUCUCCCAGCGAGAGAGAGACACGAGUGGCCAGGCCCAGCCGCAGCCGCAGCAGCAGCCUCCGCGGCGGCACGGAGGAGCCAGACACAAAGAGAGGGGCUGUUUGCGGGGUGGGGUGGGGGGUUCGCUAUGUCGGAUGACGAUUCGAGGGCCAGCACCAGCUCCUCCUCAUCUUCGUCCUCCAACCAGCAAACCGAGAAAGAAACAAACACCCCCAAGAAGAAGGAGAGUAAAGUCAGCAUGAGCAAAAACUCCAAACUCCUCUCCACCAGCGCCAAGAGGAUUCAGAAGGAACUGGCAGACAUCACUUUAGACCCUCCACCUAACUGCAGUGCUGGUCCCAAAGGUGAUAACAUCUAUGAAUGGAGAUCAACCAUUCUAGGGCCGCCAGGAUCCGUAUAUGAGGGUGGUGUAUUCUUCCUUGAUAUCACAUUUACACCAGAAUAUCCCUUCAAGCCUCCGAAGAUUGAAUUUUUCUAAAGCUUACUUGGAGGCCAUGUAGUACUACCAGCUAACACAAGAGGUCAGCAAACAGCUAUUCAAACUUGGAAAUGUAGGAAAAUAUUUAAAGCAUUAAUAACUACCAAAGAUGAAUUCAAGAAAUAUUUAAAUUACCUUGCUUUUUGUUGAUGGAUAUUACUUUUUAAAUGAAAUUGACAGCCUCUGAGAUUGUACUAAUGAACAUGUUUUAAUCUCAAAUGUAUUAGUCUCUUAACCUAUCUCUUACCAGCUUUAGUUAAACUGUUACUUUAUUCUUUUUAAAAACUGUUUCUUUAAAAGUUUUUAAUUAGUAUCAUUCAGUUGGAAAAGUAAUUUAGUAAAAAGCUUCAUUGUUUGGUGUUUUUGUUUAACAAUCUUAUU